AGUCUGUGAAGGUUGCAACGCCCUCGCGGGUGUUUCUAGUUUUUGCCAAAAAUGUUGGUGAAGCAUAGUUAUAUUCAUAGCUGGUUGUUGCGAAUAAAUGAAUCAUUCUGUAGGCAGGCCUCAUCAUUUCGAUACCCUCCUAUCAAAACACCGACUGCUGGAGUGUCCGGAACUGCAUCGACCACAAGUACUACAAAAAGUUCGACAGCGCCAUCCCCACCUCCACCAGUUCAGCCAGCUUCCCAACAGAUCGAAGUGUUAGUAGAUGGCAAACCUGUCUUAUGUGAACCUGGUAUGACUAUUUUACAGGCAUGCGCUUUAGCUGGUGUACAGAUACCUCGGUUUUGCUAUCAUGAGCGAUUAUCCAUCGCUGGAAAUUGUCGUAUGUGUUUAGUUGAGGUUGAGAAGUCGCUGAAGCCUGUCGCAAGUUGCGCUAUGCCAGUAAUGCGCGGUAUGAGUAUCAAAACGGAUUCAGAGGUGACCCGUAAAGCACGUGAAGGUGUUAUGGAAUUUUUACUGGUUAAUCACCCUCUGGAUUGUCCGAUAUGCGAUCAAGGAGGGGAAUGUGAUUUACAGGAUCAAUCAAUGAAUUUCGGAUCAGAUCGUUCACGGUUUGUUGAUAAUCGCUUUACUGGGAAACGUGCUGUAGAAGACAAAAAUCUUGGACCUUUAAUUAAAACUAUUAUGACUCGUUGCAUACACUGUACAAGAUGUGUAAGAUUCGCUAAUGAAGUAGCUGGUGUGCCUGAUCUUGGUACAACUGGUCGUGGAAGUUCUCUUCAGAUUGGUACAUAUAUUGACAAACCAUUUUUCAGUGAACUGUCUGGUAAUGUCAUUGAUUUAUGUCCUGUCGGAGCUCUAACUUCUAAGCCAUACGCAUUUACAGCACGACCUUGGGAGACACGGCGUAUUGAGUCAAUUGAUGUAAUGGAUGCAAUUGGAGCAAAUAUUGUGGUCUCUAUGCGUACAAAUCAAGUGUUAAGGAUUAUUCCGAGGUUGAACGAAGAUGUGAAUGAAGAAUGGCUUGCUGAUAAAUCUAGAUUUUCUUACGAUGGUUUGAGCAGACAGCGUUUAGUAAUCCCAUUGGUACGAGAGUCUGGAAAGUUGAUCAACAGUUCCUGGGAAGAUGCUUUGGUCAAAACUACUGAUAAAUUACUCACUUUGUAUCAACCGUCUGACGAAAUGAUACCCGUAGCAAACCAAGUGGCUGGCCUUGUUGGUCCAUUUGUGGAUGCAGAAGCAAUGACAGCUUUGAAAGACUUAGUUAACCGAUUCAACUCAGAGUUGGUUUGCACUGAAGAAAGUUUCCCAAGUGAUAGCGUGGAUCUUCGUUCCAACUACCUAUUCAAUAGUCAUAUUGCUGGCGUUGAAGAUGCUGAUCUCGUAUUAUUAAUUGGCACCAAUCCACGAUAUGAAGCACCUUUGCUUAAUGCACGAUUACGUAAAUGUUGGGUUCAUAAUGACUUGGAAAUUGUAUCAUUGGGACCGAAAGUUGAUUUGACUUACGAUUAUGAACAUCUCGGUGAUCAACUUGAAGCUCUACAGCUGUUAGCUACUGGGAAACACCCACUGAAUGAGCGUCUAAAUUCUUCAUCUCAUCCAAUAAUAAUUUUGGGUAGUGAGUGUUUGCAACGUUCAGAUGCAAAGGCUAUUCAUAAUGCUGUACGUCAUAUUGCUGCUAAUCUCAAAAAGUCUAAAAAAUUAGACUAUCAAGUGUUCAACAUUCUUCAUCGUUAUGCCAGUCAAGUUGCUGCUCUAGAUUUAGGCUACACACCUGGCUGUGAACUUAUCAAAAAAGCCAAGCCAAAAAUUCUUUUCCUUUUGGGUGCUGAUCGAAGUUUAAUUACACGUCAAGAUUUGGCACCGGAUAGUAUGAUCAUAUAUGUUGGUCACCAUGGAGAUGCGGGUGCAACGAUGGCUGAUAUUGUUUUGCCUGCAUCUGCUUACACUGAAAAAGACUCUAUCUACGCUAAUACGGAGGGACGUGCUCAACAAACUCGACUAGCUGUUGUUCCACCAGGAUUAGGUAGAGAAGAUUGGAAGAUAUUCCGUGCCAUCGCUGAAGUGGCUGGUGUCACUUUGCCAUAUGAUACUUUGGACCAACUUCGUGUUCGGAUUGGAGAAAUUGCUCCUGGACUUUUGAAUUUCAAUACAGUCCAACCACCUCUAGAAGAAGUACAAAUACUGGCUGACAAUUUUUCCAAAGUGAGUACUGUAAUAUAUGUUGCUAAAGUUUGUAAUUUACUCAGCCUAUUCGGUUUUGUGAACUGAUGAACAUUUGAUGGUAAGUAGACUCAUUCUAUGUCUAUUUUGAGUGAGAAAAUCGACAAUCAGGUGCAACCGACCGACAAGUAACUAGUACGAGACAUUGGUCUAAACUCUCUAUACAAAAACAACUCAGUGUACUUAUUUGGUUAUAUAUUUGAGUUGUAACUGUACCAAACAGUUCUUAUAUGUGCCGUCUGGUUCGAACUUUUGUCUGUAUAAACGGAAGUUAGAUUACUUUUGUAUAAUUUUUCUUUAUUUGCAGUUUUCAGAGUUGUAUUUUUGCUCGGAUCUUCUUCAUUAUUCCGAUAGAACUUACCAAACCAACUAAUGAGAUGUUGAUUCUUGAAGGCCUAAGGAAAUCUAAAAGUUGGAUAGAUUUAAAGCCAUGCAGACGAAUGGUAUCAACAUAGGACCAGUCAUUACUGCGUAGCUGUCUAAGUUGCCAGACAUCAUAUCAACACAUCGAGCGGGAAUGCACCAGGACAAAACAUGAAGAAAUGAAGAAGAAAACAGUUAAAAGUGGCAGAAAAUUGUGAAAAGAGAGCAAUGAGGAACAAAACAAAAACAAAAUUCAGCGUGACGGUUAGAAUGAAGAUAUUGUGUGGGUACAUCUGCACCAUUUUGAUCAAUUGUGACCCAUAUCAUCUAGAGACCCCAACGACUAGUUUCAUUUGCCACAUAGACUCCAACCAAAAGGUCUACAUUUCACUACUCGUCUCAGAGCACCAGUCAAAGUCUGAUAGCAUGUUUUAGUCUGUUCGCCUCUAACCUUUUUCCGACCUGAACUUACAUCACCUAACGUUGUGCGACGAGGCAGACGUUGAAUGAGCAUACAGAAUACAGUUCCCAGCCAUAUAAGUUGAUGAAGGUCUGUAACCUCAUCAACUGACUAAAAGUUAAUUGUAACAUGACGACAAGUUAAAGAUUGCCUAGAAGGAAAUUAAGAGAACAAUUUUUCGUUGAAGUUAAUAGAUGCUCAGGUUGGUCGAAUUCUUAGUAUAUGUCCAUUCUGAAUUUUUGUGACUUUUUGAAUAUUCAUAUAUAGUUCAUAUAUUCAACUAAUGUUCUCUGUAAAACACGAAACCCUGUGGUACAGACAUGCUGGCAAGUUUUAUUAAUCGGGAUUGUUUUCAUUGAAUACUAAAAACAUCGAAGAUGAAGGAAAUUCACAUUACAAUUAUGUGGUGAACUGAAGCAUACACACUAUCUUUCGUCUUCGGGAUUUUGAACACUUUAUUAACCUUCCUUUAUUCAUCCUUUCUCCUUGUAUUCAUUAUUCUUUUUCCAUCCACUUUCUUUUCAUGUACUGUUUGACAGUGUGGCAACUUCAACCAAUGUCCUUCUAUCCAUGGUUUAACGUGGAUCUGUCUCUCUAGGCAUAGUUUUCAUUUCACACCUUUAACCACAAAUUAUCCUGAGCAAAAUUGCUAUACAUAUGAAGGUUUCCCAGUUUUUACCUUUGGUUAACAAACUGUUAAAGUUUUGGGCUAGUUUUCUUUUCUUUCUAAAAGGUUUGGAAUCAGUUAAUCAAUAUGGUUGUAACUUUCCCUGGUGUACUUUACUGAUGAGACUUUAUUGAUGAAGAUACUAGGUUAUUCAAGUUUUGGAUUUAGUUAAAAGUGUAGAUGAUUGAAAUUGAAAAAUAUGGAUCGUUGGUUUGCAAACUAUUAUCUCCUGAACAGAAACAGUCUUUUUUGAGAUUUAUUUAUCUAGAGUACCUGUCGAUGAGAAGGUUGAAAUUAAAAAGAAAAUAGCUAUUCAGUACUACAAUGCUUUCAGUGGUUGCCUAAUUGAUCUCAUCUUGAGGUGAAAAUUGUCUCUAAUAAACAUUGAAAUCAGUAGAAAAUGUAAUUGAUAACAUAACAGUUCAUUAGCAGAUAUCAUUUAUAUUUUAAACUUUCCAAUGGUAGUUUAACUGAAAUCUGUCAGUUUUUUUUGUUUAGGUGAAGUAUCUGUUGUCACACGCCAACUUUUUAUGAACUCUAUCUUGUUUCAUUCAUUCCAAUAUAUUGUAUUUUUUUCAGGCUCAGUUGAAUUCAGCUCAACUAAAUACAAAAGAACCAAUCAAAUUAAGCUUGCUCACACUGGAGGAUUAUUUUAUCACAGAUUGUAUAAGUCGAGCAUCUCAAACAAUGGCGAAAUGCGUAAAAGCUGUACAAGAACAUGAAAAGGCUAGUAAAUUAUAAUCUAUUAUCAGCAUCACUCACUACCUUUUAACACUUGAAUUCACUUAUAAGAAGAAAAGAAUGCUGAAUUUAGUUAAAUCUGUUGAUUGUUUUUGUUUCUUUUUUUCAUUCUCGUAAAGCUGAUACAUUGAUUAUUUGUACUUUCAAUUUGCGGUGUAGUUAUUAUAAUAGUUGCGCAGAUAAUAAACAUAUCAG